UCUAGAUCUUAACAUUUUAGUUAUUAUACUUGUAUAUUAUUAAUUACUAAAUUUUCAUACGAAAGAUCCGAAAUAGUUCUUUUCAGUUUCAUGAUACGUGUAUUAUGUACGUAGAAACAUUUAAAUAUUAUACUAUCUCUUCAGACUCUCGCGCGAAAAAGACAUUACAUAUUGUCGUAUGUAAAAAUACUUUAUCAUGGAUAAAAGAAAAUUAAAAUUCAAAGGCUUGCAUAAAAAUUUAAUAGGAAACCAAACAUCAUCAAGUAAUAGUUUGUCGCAAACUAAAUCUUUAACUGAACAGUUGCCAAGAAAUAAUAGUGUGUUAUUAGCCGGGAAAAUUUUUUCAACACAAAGUCAGAACAGAUCAUGGAAUGAAGAUAUUUUUUUAAAUAAACCACGUAAAGGAGAAGGAAAAAAUGAAGAGUCACGUAAACGCAAAUUGUCAAGUCUUACUUCGUCAAAAUGUGACAGUGACGUUGAUUUAGGCUCUCCUUUGGCAGAAUCUACAGUUCUAAAGAGAAAACGAGAUAAUUCUGAUGUUAUAUCAAGUAAAUGUGAAAGUCAUAAAAGUUCAUUAAAUUUUUCAAUAACUACAGAGGAAGAUACCAAUGCAAUUUCUGUUACAAAGUGUAAAUUUCUUGAAUUUUUACAUGAAUCAGGCAUCAAGAUAAAUCCAAUUGUUCCACAUAUAAAGAUGUUAUAAUGGUUCAAAAGAAAAUGAAAGAAUUACUAAAUUCAAAAAAGUAUAAGAAAGAUGAAAUGAUUAUCCUAAUAGAAAAAUAUUUUGAAAAUGAGGAGAAUCUUAAAAAUGCUUUAAGUGAUAUGGAAUUACUUAUUGAUGGUGAAGUGUCAAAUGUUUUGCAUAGUUCAUCUCUUAUAAAGAUUCUGUUACAAGUUUCAGAACUACAUCCAAAAAUAUAUAGCAAUCUUUUGUCUAAACUCAAUGAAGCUGUACUUAUAGCUGAUUCCAUUGAAUCAGUACCUUGGGCUCUUCCAUUAUUACAACAGUUUCGCUUUUUAGAUGUUGUAAUUAAUUCUGAUACUUUGGUCAGCUUAGAACAACUUCUGGAAUCAUGUCCCUCGUGGUUUCAAAAUGAAUUAAUUAUAUUUUUACCUGAUAUUAUAUCUGAUAAACAACAUCAAGCUAUUGCUGAAAUUUUGAAUAAAAUAUUGGAAGAUAAUGCUGAAUUAAUAAAUUUAAUAUUGGAUUGUAUGACUAAUCUAAAUCUUGGAAAAGAAUUUUUGAAUGAAUAUAAGGAAAAGACAUUAAAUUUAUUGAAAACAAAUGUUAAAGUGAAUGCAAUAUCAGCUAUUGUAAAGUUUGUUUUAGAAGAUUGUACAAACACAGAAAUUUUUGAAAAAACAUUGAAAGUAUUGCGCAAUAUUGAUAUACAACCUCUUGUUGGAGACAAAAUUGAGGAGUGUUAUCAAAACCAAUUAAAUAUUAUAAAUACGUUAAAAAUGAAUAUGCUUUUGUCAAAAAAUAUAGUACAUGUAACUAUGAGCGUCAUAAAAAAUAUUACUAAAGAUCCAAAACCAUUAGAUAUAAUUCUUUUACUUCUGAUAUUUUUAACAACAGAAAUGAAGAGAAAAGCUGUUGAAACUAUAUUUAAACAACAUAUACGAUCUGGAUUUUAUAGAACAAGUUUAUUAAAUUUAUUGUAUAGUGAUUAUAAACAAGUCAUGCAAGAAUUGCAACCGACUGCAUUACAAAUAUCGAGUAAUUUGUUGAAAACAGAUGAACGUGUAUUUAUUGACUUUUCUACGGAUUGGUUGCGUUUACAAUUUAAAUGUCAUAAAGAGAAUAUAUUCAAACAACGAGAAAUCUUGGAAAGAAUUAUAUUUCUUAUGGGUGAUAGUGAUCAAACAGUAAAAAAUACAUUGGCAUUUCUUUAUAAAAUGGUAUUGAAACAGGAAGACAGACAAUGUUUAACGCCACACUGUAAUCAUCUUCGUAUUUUACUUGAAAAGAUGGAUAAUUUGAAUUUAAAAGAAGUUGGUACAUUGAAUGACUUAUUACAACAUUUAUGUACAAACUCUAAUUCUAUAGCUGAUUCUUUACGUGAUGAUUUAUUCAUAUUACUACAGAAACAACUAUCUAAUUUUAAACCAUUAAACAGUAUUAAGUAAUGUGCGGAAUUGUCCAAGAUCACAAGCUCUAUUUUAUGAUCAAUUGACUUGUAUCAUUUUACAAACUCAAAAUAUUAGUGCAAAAUUUAUAAAAAAUCUCACAAAUUAUAUUGAAGAAGAAUUCGUUAAUACAAAUAUGAUCAAUAAGUCAAGUUACAGAGGAACUUUAAUUCCCAAAUUUGGAUUGAAUGAGGCUGAAGAUGAUUCACAAAAUUGUUUAACUUUUGAAGAUAAAAAAUAUGGUGCAAUUGUACCAAUUUCUUUCAAACUUCUUAGAACUUGUCAUAUUAAACUUAAUGAAAAUGAAAAUUUAGANNUAAUAUGUUGCAUUAAUUGGUAAGUUAAAAAUUAAAUAAAUAAAUAGAAACACAAUAUCAAUUUUAGAAUAAAUAAAUUAUAAAAAUUUAUUUUAGGUUUCGUGAAUUGAUCAGUGGUUUUGUUACACAAAAAGAUUCUUUGUUACAAAAACAAAUAUUACAACGAUUAGAUAAUUUGAUAGAUUUACAAAGUGAAUUAAGUGUAUUAUUUUCUUUGUGUGACAUAAAAUACCAACCACCUCCAUGUUAUUUUCAUCAGUUUCCAUUAUCACCAUUUAUAAGAAUAGAUAAAAAAGUUGGGAAAAAAGGGAAAAAAGGGAAAAAAGAGAAAAAGAAACUCAAAGAAAAAUCUGUUAAUUUUAAUGAAAUUAAAGAUUGGGAAAUGGGUUCUUUUAUAUGUUCUAAAAAUCCAACUUAUUUUAGAAAAUUUGAUGCAACGAUAGUACAUCUAUUAGAUAUAAAAAUGGAAAUGGAUACAACACAAUCAGUAGAACAUAGUAUUUCUAUAAAACAAGUAUGUUUUAUUGUAAAAGAACUCCUAGCUAUUUUUGAAUAUGAUAGUAAUGAAAAAUUUAUAAAGGAUUUAAUUGAAUUAUUACCAAAAAUUUGCACAAAAUUGCAAGAUAUUAUAAAUAUUUUAAGAGAAAAAAAUGAAAGUCAAAGUAGAGAAGCUGUUCGAUUAUUGUUAUGUCUUCUAACAAAAAUUUUUAAUUGGAAAGGAUUUGAAAGUGUUACUUAUAACAUAUUAUUACGAGAGGGUUUACGAAUUUUAGCAAGUCAAGUUGAUGAAAGAAAUAUUACAUUAAGAUCAUGUAAAGAACUUGUUACAGAAUCUUGCAAAUAUUUCGAGUCUUUGUCUGAUAUUGCUACACAAAUAACAUUAUCUAUUUCAUUAAUUAAUGUGUGUCAAUCAUUAAUGAAACAUUCUGAAUCUUAUAUUAAAGAAAAUAAAGAAAAAUAUGCAAAAAUGGCAUUUGGAUUCUUGUGCCUUCAAUGGCCAGAAGACAAUCAUUCUAGCACUCAAUAUAAAUCUGCUGUAAUUGAAUUAUUAAAUAGUUGGAUUAAUAACGAACCACUACCGUUACAAACAGUUACUUCAAUUUUGGAUUGGUUACCAAAUGAAACUUCAAAAUUGGAGAAACUUCAGAGUAGCUUAAGUAGAAUACCUUCAAUAUCAAGAAGUAACUUUCAUUUUUUAUUUAAAAAGAUGUUUGAUGGUUUAAUUAAUGGUAUAAAAACAGCUUUGCAAAUAGCUAAUAGUGAUUCCAAAAGAAUAGAGUUGUGGUAUGAAAUAGCAACAAACGUGCAAAAGUUAGUUCAGAUAUGUAAAACAUUAACAACAAAAAAUAAUAUAUUGAUAUUUUUAAAACAUAUGCCUAUAUUAUUGAAAUCUUUUUUAAAUCUUGGAAUGCCAAUUUUGGAGCAUAAUUUGAAAUAUCAAACGGGAGAAGUAACUAAAAUAUUGAAGAUGAUGCAAGGAGGUACACGAUAUUUACAUAGAAUAUGUUGUGAUAGUGCAGAAAAAAAAGAUCUCACAUUAAUGAAAUAUAUUCCUGCAGCAAAAUCUAUAUUAGAAAGAUUAAUUUACAGUGUAAAAGGAAUGUUAGUUCUUAACAACAGCCCUGCUGCUUUUUGGAUGGGUAAUCUUGUUAACAGAAACUUAGAAGGUCAAGAAAUUCUGUCUCAGAAUUUAUCAUCAGAAGAAAGUUCUGUGCCAAAUUCUAAUAUAACUAAUGAUGCAGAUAAUGUAUCAUCAGACAUAUUGGAAAGUGAUUCUAGUGAUGAUCUUCUUGAUCAAGAUAGUAUACCAUAAUAUUUUUUUGUAUGAAAAACAAAAAAAGGAUUUUACCAAACAUAAACACUAUAAAACAAUAUAUUUUUGCAAUAAGAGAUUUAUAUUUUUUAUAUACAUUUAACAGUAUAUUAAUUGUUUGAAACUGAUAAUAUAAUUAAUACAAAGUCAACUAUUAACUAUAAUUAUUUUUAGUAUUAAAAACAUAGAAUACUAUUUAUAACUAUUAAUUUUUACACAUUAAUUUAUUAUUAAAUAUUUGGCGUUUCCAUGUUAAGUCUGGCAUAAGUGUUUCUUCAACAAAUGUUAGUUCAUUGUUUCCAUUAACCAACAAUAUAGAAUGAGUUCGUGUACAAUAUCCAUCAGUUGAUACAAACAUUGAGCUGAGUUCUUUAUAUUUUGUUGGACAACGUUUUUGCAAUUCAGGAUCUGGUAAAUAUCUUUCCUUUGAUUUCAAAAAUUUCAAAAGCUCUUCAAUCAGUCUUGUUUGUUUUGACACCUUAACAUUUUUAACAAUAUUCUCAAACAUUUUUUUCCCUACUUCAACUUUUCUAUAUGGGAUAUCAAGACCACUAUUACCAAAACCUAGGAUAUUAUCUUGACUUGAAUUAGGGCCUGUUGAAUUAUGGGAACUACUAAGAUAGUUAAUAUUUACAUACUGUAAAUUUAUUAAAACCAAAACAAAAGGAUUAUAUAUUCGAGUUUUGUUAUUUUUCUUAUGUAAUUCAUUUAAAUAUAAAACUGCAGAAUCUUCUGAUGUAAUAAAAUUAGGCACUAAAUAUCCUCGUCCUUGUUUUGGUAUAUUAGUUGAACUUGCUUCAGCAGAUAAAUUUAAAACAACACCAGCUUUUCCUGUUAAUGACAAUGCUAGCCAAGUUCCACCUUCUUUUCCAGGCUCCAUAUCAUUACCUCCUAAACAUAAAGGAUGAUUUUCCCAAUAAUGAGCUGGUAAUGCUGGUCGUUUAAGAUCUUCAUCACGAUUUGAGACCAAAAUUAAUCGAUAUGAUUCAGAAUCAGCAUCAGGAUUACGAUAAAUAAAUAAAAUACACAUAAUUGUGGAGUAAAUUAUUUAAAUGUUGCAGAACAAUAUCUGCUUAUAUCACAGCCUUUUGUUUUAUACCACUUUUAUUGUAUGCCAUUGAUAAGAUUGUGUACUUUUUUAUCAUAAAUUAAGAUAAUGUCUGGUUCAUUAACAAUUGAAGACAAAUUAAUGAGAUAAUGACAUUCAUUUAUAUGAAGUAUAAUAAACCAAAACUAAGUUUUUCAAUGUAUAGAUAUAAUUUUAUGAAAUAAAACGUAAAAUUGUAGAAUAAUAUAGAUCAUUUUAAUUAUAUAUAAAUAAUAUAUAAUAUAUUUUCUAUUUUAAUAUCUUACAUAUUUUUGACAUUAUUUUCAAUGAACAAAUAUUAUUGUUCAUAAAAAUACAUUAUGCUACAUAUUUAAAUACAUAAUAUAAAUAACAAUUUAUCUACAAUAUAAAAUUAUAUAACAAAAAUUGUAACUAUGUACGUAUGUAGAUACGAGGAAUAUUACAUUUAUCUCUUUUGUUAUGUCAAUAUUUACACAUGAUUUUACACGAGUAUUAGUUACUGACAAUUCCUUAUUUGUUACAUUCUUAUUUUUUAUUAUAAUCCCCAAUUAUUAUAUCUAUACAUUUUCUAUUUUCAGUGUUUAAAUAUAUUUAUCAUUUUAUAGCAAAUACAACGAUAUGGAACAAUACUUAAUAUGUAAGUAUAUAGAUAUGGUUAGCUCAUACACGCC